GCUCGACGGCAAGGGUGUGGGAGCCACUGGCGAGAAAAUUGGCCACAGCCGCCCGGCCGGGCCGGCCCUGCGGACACUGCGCCUUUUUAAAGGGUUGGGAACCUUCCGGGUGCUGAUCGCAGCCCUGCGCAGGGGGCGUGGCAGGUGUCUGCUGGGGGUCCGCGGCCGGGCGGGCUGCCGGCCCAUUGGCACAUUGGGGAUUUAUUUCCCAGGCAGCAGAGCAUCCUCAGGAAAGGGGGUCAGAAGCGGGGAUCAGGGACAGCGGCAGCCACCACCACUCCCCGGGGGGCCAGGGCCGUUGGCACUGGGUGUGCGCGGGGUUCCUGGGAAGGCCCGCGCUGAGAACCUCAUGGCAAGCUCCUGCCCCCAAGGAACCUAGCACAGUGCCAGGACCUUGCCCAGCCAUCCACUGUGGCUCAGCGGGCAAGAAUGGGCUGAGCCCCAGGUGCCGCAAGGAGUCACAGGGGUGUCGCAACGGGGGAGUGACAGGGACUGUGGGGAGAGCCAGUCCUCCCCCUCCAGCUGCUCCCAGAUGUCAUUCUGCCCGCCCAGGCCCCUGGUUCCUGAGCUCCCGGGGAUUCCACAGUUACUAAGCUACUGGUUUUUGUUGACUUUUAAAUAUUUUCUUCUAAGGGAGAAGGGGAGGGGGGCAAAAGUCAGCAACGAGCAAGUAAAAACAAGUCAAAAUAAGCCCCCUCUCCCCCAAAGAAAGCUGUCCAGCACCCACCAUCCCUACACAAACCCAAGGCCUUCCAAUAUAACCAUCUGGCUGGAGCAACAGCCGGACAGGACUGACCUGCUUCCCAGGCUCCCCCCUCAGCGCCCUUCUUGGUGAAUGAGGGGCGGUGGUGGAUGGUCUCUCUGUCUUCCAGCCCUGGGAGGACAAAGGGGCUUCCAGAAAGAGAGGAGGAGGAUGGCCAGUGGGAAUGGACUCUCUUCAUCCUCGGCCCUUGUGGCCAAGCGCCCCUCUGCCCUGGGCCCAUUCCCCAGAUAUGUCUGGAUCCACCAGGACACACCCCAAGACAGCCUAGACAAGACUUGCCAUGAAAUCUGGAAGAGAGUUCAGGGCUUACCUGAGGCCCUGCAGCCCAGGACCUCGAUGGAGCAGCUCUCUACCCCCAUGGCUGGAACUCCAAGAGACCGUGGGUUCAGCUUCCAAGAAGAAGCUCUGGAACUCAGCAGCGGCAAGGAUGAGAUCUCCCUGUUGGUGGAGCAGGAGUUCUUGAGUCUCACCAAAGAGCACCUCAUCCUGGUCAAAGAGAGCUCAGGGGACCUGGCAGCCCCUAGAGGCAUUCCCCAAGGGACCAGAGAACCAGUUCCUUGUAUUCUCGCACCUCCUUUGGUGGCUGGUAGCAGUGAGCGCCCUGGAGCCUCCAUCAUUGCUGGUGACAACCUGCGGGAGCAGAAGGUGGCCGUGUCUGUGAUUGGCAGCCGGCAGGACUGCGAUUCUGCCCUGUCCACGGUGACAGGCAUCUUGCGUGCUGCCAAGAUCAAAGGGACUGAGGAUGGGGGCCACAGCCUGGGUGCCUCCAACUCAGAGAUCAGCAAGCUCCUGGCCCAGUUUCCACUGAAGUCCACGGAGAUGUCCAAGACCCCCGACAACAAGAUGGUGCUGGAGGAGGCAAGGGUCAUCAAGGACUUCCUGCAGAACAGCAUGUUCAGUGGCUCUGGGAGCUUCAGGGAGCCUGCAGGGCUGGGCCCAUUCCUGCUGCUGCCACCCCCACCUCCUCCUGCACCCCCCGACAAACUCUUGGAGCUCCCUGCUCAGAAGAGGCAGCUCCCCGUGUUUGCUAAGAUCUGCUCCAAGGCCGAGUCUGACCCCACCCUGGAGGGGCACCACUCGAUGGAACGGAAUCCUGGCAGCAAGGAGCUGGCCAAGGGUCGAGAGAGCCUCUUCCUCAGCCAGUGGCCCCAGAGUCGGAAGGACAGCUGCAAUGAGGAGGGUUGCAUUGACCCAGUGGGCACCAUGUCCACCAAGAAGCCUGCAUGGCCGGCCGAGAAGAACCUGCUUUACGAGUUCCUCGGUGCCACCAAGAACCCGAGCGGGCAGCUGAGGCUUCGCAGCAAAGUGGAGGUGGAUGGGCUGGAGCUGAAACUUAACCCUCCGGUAACAGUGGCCGACAAGAACAACCUGAAGUACACGGGGAACGUUUUCACCCCACGCUUUGCCACAGCCUUGACCUCCACGACAGUGAACCAGCCUUUCUGGCUCAACCUGAACUGCCCGCCUCCACCGGUGUUCACCAAUCACUCCACCUUCCCGCAGUAUCAGGGCCUGCACCCCCAGCGCUCAGCCAGGACGCCCUAUCAGCAGCCUGUGCACCCCCAGCUGGGGUGUUACUCCCGACAGGUGACACCAUACAACCCCCCACAGAUGGGACAGCAGAUGGGACAGCAGAUCUUCCGCUCGUCCUACACCCCCCUGUUAAGCUACAUCCCCUUCGUCCAGCCCAACUAUCCAUACCCGCAGAGGACACCUCAAAAGCUGUCCGCCAACCCCCGAGACCCUUCCCCCAUGGCAGGAGAUGGGCCGCAGUACCUCUUCCCCCAAGGAUAUGGGUUUGGCUCGACGUCUGGUGGGCCCCUGAUGAACAGCCCCUAUUUUUCCUCCAGUGGGAAUGGCAUAAAUUUUUAGACUUCCUUCUCUUUUCCUUCUUCCCUGCUUAGCCCUUGGAUCAGGGCUAAGGGCUCUGGAAUUCUGGAUUCUGCAACCACUUGGUAUGAAGUUUGGAAAGCCAAGGUUCCGACCAGGUCACAGGCAGAAAACAGCAAGACCAGAUGCAUCUGUUGACCGGCACUCACACAUAGCACACACCCUCUUGUUCAUACCUGUUCAACCACACAUGCACCCAUAUUUAGGUAACAUGAGUGAUUUUUUUUUUGUUUGUUUUUGUUGUUGUUGGUAAAAAAAUAGAAGUAAGAUACUUAAUUUUAGAAAGUUUGUAUUUUAUGAUAAAACUAUGAGCUGCAUGAAUUGG